CAGCCUCUAGAUUUGUUCUGAUGAUUAUGUGUUCAUGCCCCUUGUCUGCUAUAAAUUCCUGAAUCUCUUGUAAGCAUUUUCCUUUAGCUGACUUCCUCAUAGAGCAUAUCUUCCCGUGCGGUGUUGUUUAAAGGCAAGAGCACACUAUACAGCCAAAUAUUUCAUUCUCAUCAGAGCGCUGAAUUUUACACACUGUGUGAAUCGGGGGAUGACAAUGAAACGCUUCUUGUUUUUGGCUGUUGCUUCUGGCUUCCUGCCUGUUUUGAUUGUACAAGCAAAACCAGCUCAAGUUCCAUAUAAAACACUCCUUACUGAAUUGGCCACAGUCCAGGAAGAAAUAGUUACUGUACAUAACACCUUCAGGAGAGGAGUAUCUCCACCGGCCAGCAACAUGCUGAAAAUGAACUGGAGCGAAGAAGCUGCACAAAAUGCCAGAAUGUUGUCAAAGGAUUGUGAAUUUGUAGAGAGCAAUGCGCUUAAGAGGAGAAUUACAAAUACUUUUUGUGGAGAAAAUAUGUAUUUGACAACUGAUCCAGUCUCAUGGUCUAAUGUCAUCAGAAUCUGGUACAGUGAGUCCAAAUAUUUCAAGUAUGGGGAAUGGACGUUAACAGACGAUGAUGUGACAGUUGAGCAUUACACUCAGAUUGUUUGGGCUACUUCUUACCUCAUUGGCUGUGGCCUAUCAUCAUGUGGUAAAGGAAAGUCAGCUCAUUAUCUCUACAUCUGUCACUAUUGUCAUGAGGGAAAUGAUCCUAACAAAAAGAAUGAACCUUAUCGUAGGGGAACUCCAUGUGGAGACUGCCCAAACUACUGUGAAGAUAAACUUUGUACCAACCCCUGCCUCUACUAUGAUGAGUACAGCAACUGUAAGGCACAAACACGAGGUUCUGGAUGCAGCCACGUGUCAGUCCAACAGCUCUGCAAAGCUAGCUGUCUGUGUCACACCGAAAUAAAAUAGCCUUUGGUAUCUGCAACGGUUGACAUGAUUCAUCCAAUUGAAGAAUGGAUUCAGUAGCCUGGGCUGCAACACGGUCUUCCUCUGCUUUCCCUGCUUUUCCAGGCCUCCUUCUGCCCUGAUGGUUGCCUUCGCCACACAAUUUACAUGCACAAAUAAUUCUGCAUUUCUUUAUUUCGAUCUGAAACCAACCAAUAAAAUAAUCCACCAAGCAAA